ACUUGAAUGACAAUGAUGUUUCAUAUUUGACAAUCCAAUAAGAAAACGUCAAUCGAGUUACUGAUUUGCUACGGCUUGGAGGUGUAUUUAAUAAAUAACAACAAAAAACAGUUACAUUACAGUAUAAUUUUCGAUUGGGGCUGCGGUCCUGAGCGGUCAUCGACGAUGUUGUUAAUACCGAUAUUUUGCGUUAUCCUCGGCUCGGCCGUCGGUCACAUUGAUAAAGAUGCUCCGCCUCAAUGGAAUCCGGUGUACACAGUGAAGGGAACGCUGAACAUCCCUUAUGCUGAACUUAAAGAACCUUUCUACACUUGGUUCGACAGCCAAGCGGGCAAGUCCAGAAUCGACUACUAUGGCGGUAUGGUCAAGACGUACCAGCUUUCGGCAACUGUGUUCAAACCCUACGGUACUUCUAUCAAGAUCGCGCCAGUCACCACGGAGGAGGUGCUCAACCAGGACACAUGUCUGCAAGUCAACGGCAGCAGCGACAACAGCAUCGCUGUCCAAACCGUGCUGCCUGAUAUGACAGACUUCAAAUAUAUUGGCACAGAAAAUAUGCAAGACUCGGAGACGGCGAAGUGGCAAUUCGUGCAGGUGAUUGGGCAGAAGCUGAACAAGUACACCAUGUGGGUGAAGUACAAGAAGUCGCUGAAGGAACGCGGCGUGUCUGUGCCUAUCCCCGUCAGGUACGAGAUGAAAGGGUACAACUCCCUGCUCGGCUCCCACUACGACCACUACUACAUUGACUAUGUGGACUAUGAUGUAGAGGACAUUGACCCCAACGUGUUCGUCGUUGAUCCCUCGAUGAAAUGCUCGUCGUUCCCCGGUCCGGGAGUCCGCCACUACGCUACCUUCAACCCGAUGAUGGAGUUCGUUCACCCCGCCAAGGACGCACAUGUUAUCAGCGAGUUUGACAGGUUCAAGACCAAGCACGGCAAACAGUACGCCAGCGACGUGGAACAUGAGAAGAGGCUGAAUAUCUUCAGGCAGAACCUCAGACUGAUAUUCUCGCACAACCGUGCGCGUCGUUCGUUCACGAUGGCGGUGAACCACCUCGCCGACCGCACCGACACUGAGCUCGCCGCGCUGCGCGGGCGCAGGUACUCCGGACCCAACCACGGUCUCAUGUUCCCGUACAGCCAAUCUCUAGUAGAGGAGGAGUCGGACAAGUUGCCCAGUGAACACGACUGGAGACUGUUCGGCGCUGUCACUCCGGUUAAAGACCAGUCAGUAUGCGGGUCGUGUUGGUCGUUCGGUACGACGGGCGCGGUGGAGGGCGCGCUGUUCCUCAGCAACGGAGGGAAGCUGGAGAGGCUCUCGCAGCAGGCACUCGUCGACUGCUCCUGGGGCUUCGGAAACAACGGCUGUGACGGCGGCGAGGACUUCAGAGCGUACCAAUGGAUCAUGAAACACGGCCUGCCUACUGAGGAGUCCUAUGGAGACUAUCUUGGACAGGAUGGCUACUGUCACCUGGACAACGUCAGCAUCGCCACCAAGAUCAAGGGAUGGGUGAAUGUCACCAGUAAUGAUGAGAAGGCUCUCAGGCUGGCAAUCUUCAAGCACGGUCCCAUUUCCGUGGCUAUUGAUGCGGCACACAAAUCGUUCAGCUUUUACUCCAACGGCGUUUACUACGAGCCAGCGUGCCACAACAAAAUCGACGAGCUUGACCACGCAGUCCUCGCAGUAGGCUACGGUAUCCUGAAAGGCCAGAAGUACUGGCUGGUCAAGAAUUCCUGGUCCAACAUGUGGGGUAACGAUGGAUACGUACUCAUGUCCACUAAGGACAACAAUUGUGGGGUGCAGACCGCCCCUACUUACGUUUUAAUAUAGGGUAAUACUAGGAGCCGGUCUUACCUUAACAUGUUGAAUUACCCUGUUUGAGAUUUUUAAGACUUUGGUAUUAAUCAUACCCUGUCUAGAUUAAUUUUAUGAUCAAAUCUUGAUCCCAAGUCUCUGGAUUAAUCGUGAGUUUUAGACAGAAAUUGGGUAGUAUCCUCGGUCAAAAAUAAAUUAUUACAACAUUUCAAUAAAAUAAAAUAUUCAAAAAAAAAAUCACACUCUCAUUCAUAAAUUUGAUGAACUACUUAAUUUUCGUUUUUUUCUAGAAAUAAGUCUGCUAUUUGACGUAAAAAUCUAAUGACGUCAUAAUAGAGUAUUUCAUACAAAGUUCAUAGAAAAUAUCGGUUUUUGACGUUUCGAAAAAAGUAUUGAAUUUGACUAGUAGGAAACUAGCCUAUUCUAUAGAACUAAUGUCAAAAUCCAACUUUAUCCAAAGAUUUUAGAUUUAGAAUGGAAAUUAAUUCCGGUUAAGACCGUUGGACUGGGUAGGGUAAGACUUUCUGUAGGGUAAGACCGAUUACAUUAGAUUAAGUUAAUUAUAUUUCAGUUUCGAAGUUAAUAUUUAACAGUUAUUUGUCAAUUGCAAUGUUACUAUAAUUGAGACAUUACAAACGUGCGAACUGUUAUAAGUCUUGUAACGCCUCUGGUGUUUCGGGUGUCCAUGGGCGGCGGCGAUUGCUUACCAUCAAGUGAUACGUCUGCUCGUUUACCGGCUUAUACCAUAAAAGAGUAAUUUUUAUCAGAUCUCUCGCUCACACUUAUGCAAGUUGUGAGGGAUAGUUGCAUUCUUUUGACGUAACAGUUCACUCGUUUGUAGUGGCCUAAAAAUAACUAAAGUUAAAGUUGUUACUAGUAAUAAUUAAAUAAAAUUAAUACCUUUUUUAUAUGUAUAUUCAGUGUAACAUUGAAUUCAAAUUUCUAAUUGCAAUAUUAUAAUAUUAGAAGCAAGAUAUGUAUUGAGGUGUUGAGAAUAGCUAAUAUAUUUUUAUAAUUAUAAUAUAACAAAUAAUUAAUUCUAAUAACAAUGCUUCAUGAAUCUAAUGGAAUCUCUUAUUGUUUAAUAAGAGGUUUGUCCUGAAUUUAAUUAUUUAAUAAUGUUCAUUAAUAUCAAAUCUUUAACAUUUUUUUUAAUGUGAUUUAUUACAUAAAUAAUGUAUUUUUGAAACUCCUACAAAAUAAUGUUUAAUAACAGUUGUAAUAUAUUUUUCUCGCAAUAAGAUUUUAUUCAUAAAUAUAUUCAUGUUAUCUGUUAUAAAGUUAAUGUUCGUUGCCGGUCAAGGAUUCUAUGAUUAACUCGAAUAAAUAUUAUUUUAUAAUCGACUCUCGUUAAUUCAAACAGUUUAUUUAUUUAUUUAGUUAUCACGAGGUUUCUAGAAAACCUCUUUAUUUUUCGAACUAAAUCAAUAUAUUUUUGUACACUUGGUAAUUUGAAUUAAAAAAUCAAAUCCACAUAACCAAACACACUUAAUUUUGAGGUAAAUUUUAAUUUCGGACCAUUUAUUUGUCAAUUUCUAACAUUCGGCAAUUCAAAAUAUUUUUAUAGUAAAACAGUUUCGAAUUAACGAGAGUCGACUGUAUAUAAAAAUAAUUAUAUAGCAAUAUAGACAAAAUAAAUACAUAUCCAAAUAUCUGAAAUAUCUUAAAGUUUCGACCUCAACUUUUGAACCAAAAUAUUAAUCUAUCAAAAAUAUGUUUUUAUAUCUAAAUGCAAUAUUAUAAUACAUAUUAUAUGUUUUUCCAUAAAUAUGCAGGUACAAAAAGAUAGAUUUAUUAUUUAAUUACUAUUUCUAUUAUUUUUAUUCUAAAACAGAUUAAAUAAUUGCUUUGAGUGUUGCCUUGUCUAAAAAUUCUAAGUGAAAUUGUCUAUGUUUUUAAGUGAAAAGGAUUCUCUUUAUUUUGUAAGAUUUAUAAGAAUUUUGUAUCAGGCUGUGUUUGGCUUCGCUCUCUGAUUAUAAGAAAUACAUUUUUUUUAAUAAAA